AACUAAUAGCCCUGACUCUGGCGACGAGCUCACUUUUAGUAUCAAAGAUGAAGAAGACCACAAAAGCAAAACCAAUACAACUCCGCGGGCCGCUUGUGCACCUGAUUUGUGCCGCGCGCUGGCAGAGUCCUGGAAACUGUGUCACGCGUUUCGAAGAAACGUCUACCCUUACGUCGGAGCGAGCCUGUAUGGAUGUGUCAGAGUUGAAAUCGACAAAGUUGAAAUAAUUUGUCAUGCAUAAAAUGGAUGCCAGUUGGAACCCAGUUUCCAAGUGGCGCAUGACAAAUUUCGGUGGUCCCUAAAUCCAGUUUGUCAUGCUGUUUAGGCAAAGAAGAGCGACUUUCUCAUGCUACUUUAGCAGCUCGAGCUGUAACCCCAAGCAGGCUUACAAUCGGCCUCACUUGCCUGCUCUGCCAUACACGUGGCUCGGGUCAUGCAUUUUAUGCAUCACAAACUAUUUCAACUUUGACGAUUUCAGUCCUGACGCUUCCAUAGCCUGCUGCCCAACAAGGGGCACGAAAAGAUGGUGUUCACGGCGGCGCGGCGAAGUCAAGUAUGCAAUGCAAAAGUAUGGUACUAG